GGGGUUGUUCCUCUGUAAUGGUGAAGAACCACACAGGGUCAAAGGUGAAGACAGCGAGAGGUGAAAUUCCUGGAGGGAGGCUGACUGUGCGUCCUUAAUUAACCACCAAACGGUGUCGGUUACCAGUUUGAAGUUGCUCCGUAAUUUUCAGGAAAACACAGCAAAGCUUCAAACGUUGACACUGGAUAUACAUCAGGUUUCAGGGACAGGUUUCGUUGUUUGUGGAAAUAGUUCGGUUUUGGAUUUGGACGCUCAUAUUGGACGUUUGAGGAAGAGGCUUUUCAGGAGGUUUACCUGACUUCGGACAGCAUCAGAUCUGGAGAGACUUUUGAGCAUCCCUUGAGAUGGAUGAGCAGGUUAAUCCGUUGGAGAGACACCACUCUCUGUCCGUGAUUCUGCCAGGGGGGCUGGAGAAGAAAGCCACAGUGCAUGGAAGUAAACCAGUGAUGGACUUACUUGUGAUCCUUUGUGCAAAUUAUCAUCUGAAUCCGUCAGACUACACUGUUGAGGUCCUUUCCCCUAACAAGAACAACAUCAGCUUCAAACCAAACUCUCCUAUUGGCUCACUCGAAGCGGAGACAAUUGUGCUGAAACCUAAAGGAAUGGAGGAAAAGAUCAGGAGGCCGUACAUGCCAGAGCCAUCUGUGCGUCUGUUGAUCAACUACAAUAAGUCCCAUAAGGCCGUGGUGAGAGUGAAUCCCAGCGUGCCACUUGAGAUGCUGCUGCCAGUGGUGUGUGACAAGUGCGAGUUUAAAGUAGAGACAACCAUCUUACUAAGAGACCCUCAGUCUAAAGAGCUGCUGGACCUGACCAAGACCUUAAAUGAGCACGGACUGAGGGAAGUGUUUGCGAAAGACACAGCUGCUCAGGAGAGUAUUGACCAUCAACAGCAACCCAAGACACCCGAAGCAGCUGUCACGCCAACAGAGGUCAUCUCACCACCUCCACUACAAGGCCUGUCAAAGAAGAAGACACAGAAGGAGAACAGGGGUUUUCUCAGCUUAUUCAGAAGAAGCAAGAAAAAACCUGAAAUGGAAGGGGCAACGAGUGCCCCAGUGUCUCCUGGCCUCAAAAAGCAAAUGGGAGUUGGUAUGAAUUCGCAGGGUGUUUCCUCCUCUAACACCCUGCCAGCAGAUAUGCCUAAAAAGAGACGCGCCCCUCAGCCGCCCAUGGGUGCAUCGCAGAGCUUCCCCAACCACCUCGGCACCUGUCAUCUAAGAGGACCACAGGGGUCUUCAGAAAUGAGGAGUACCAAGAGGAGGGCCCCACCCCCUCCCUGUGCAAACACCCUGCAGACAGACACAGAGGUUAAAGGGACUGUAGACUCCCUGAACACUGUGGAGGAGCUGAGAGAAAGUGACGAGUCAGACUCUGUAAUCCUGUCACUAUCCUCGUCUUCAUCACCACAUCCAUCACAUCCACGGUCGUCGUCCUCCUCACGCCCAUCAUUUGCUUACCUCCAUGAAGUGGCUGAUCCAUAUCUGCCUUCGUUUCGAGGGAAAGACUUAUCUGAUGCCCGCUGUGCUCUCGCCAAAGUCCUGACCUCCUCUGUUUCCAAAGGGACACUGGCCAAGCAUUUGAAGAAUUCUGCCACCUUCCCGAAAUUCUACAAAGGCUCCUCCUUCAUGUCCAUGACUCCGGUGUGUUCAGAUAAUGGGGUUUUCUGUGUGGAACUUGAAACACCCAAGCUUCCCUCUGAGCCUGAGUGGGAGGAUCCCGUACAGAGGAAGAGAAUGACCACGUUCAAAAUAGUUCCCUCAAAAAAACAAAAGUCCCAUGAUCCAGAGCUCCCCCUGGAUGUUUCAGAUCAGAUAACAGUAGAAGAUAACCCUGAGAGUGGAGCGUCUCCUGAGGUCGGGAAAAAUCUUACUGAGGCUGAGGAGGAUCCAUGUUCUCCUGACAGAUCAGAGACUGAAACACCUUUGCAGAGUCCAAAACCUUCUCCUCCACCUCCUCUUGACUUAGACAGUCGGGAUGGUCCAGCUUCUCCUCCACCUCCUCUUGACUUAGACAGUCGGGAUGGUCCAGCUUCUCCUCCACCUCCUCUUGACUUAGACAGUCGGGAUGGUCCAGCUUCUCCUCCACCUCCUCUUGACUUAGACAGUCGGGAUGGUCCAGCUUCUCCUCCACCUCCUCUUGACUUAGACAGUCGGGAUGGUCCAGCUUCUCCUCCACCUCCUCUUGACUUAGACAGUCGGGAUGGUCCAGCUUCUCCUCCACCUCCUCUUGACUUAGACAGUCGGGAUGGUCCAGCUUCUCCUCCACCUCCUCUUGACUUAGACAGUCGGGAUGGUCCAGCUUCUCCUCCACCUCCUCUUGACUUAGACAGUCGGGAUGGUCCAGCUUCUCCUCCACCUCCUCUUGACUUAGACAGUCGGGAUGGUCCAGCUUCUCCUCCACCUCCUCUUGACUUAGACAGUCGGGAUGGUCCAGCUUCUCCUCCACCUCCUCUUGACUUAGACAGUCGGGAUGGUCCAGCUUCUCCUCCACCUCCUCUUGACUUAGACAGUCGGGAUGGUCCAGCUUCUCCUCCACCUCCUCUUGACUUAGACAGUCGGGAUGGUCCAGCUUCUCCUCCACCUCCUCUUGACUUAGACAGUCGGGAUGGUCCAGCUUCUCCUCCACCUUCUCUUGACUUAGACAGCCGGGAUGGUCCAGCUUCUCCUCCACCUCCGAUGGAUUUAGAUAAUCAGGAUUGUCCAGGCUCACCUCUUUCUGAGGGUGUUGAGAAACAGAAGGAAGAGGAAGAACCUGAAGCCACAUCUGAGGUGAUACUAACGGCGCCGUCAUACUGCAGCGAUGGAGAACUUCCCAGUGAUGGUCAAAUCAACUCAGAGGAUCGGAGUGAAUGUCGUCAAAGCCCCGGUGGACAGUCUGUGAGGACAGACACAGACCACUGUAGUUCAUACACUGCUGACAAGGAAGUUGAGGAGGAAUGGGUACAAGAAGAAGUAGAGGAUGGUUUCCCUCCUCCUCCUUCACCUGUCUUCUUUAAUGAAGACAUAGAAGUUCUGGAGGAGGGAAGAAAAGAUACCACUGCUUCCUCUCAGCCGCAAAGUCCUACAUCUAAUGGACAAACUAUUGUAUUCAGUGAGGACCAUCAAAAUGACCAGUCAGCAGCUGGACAAAAACCUCUGGACAAGAUGUGUGCAGCCCCAUCCAGAUUUGCACAAGCAGUAGCGUUGGCCGUGCAGAGGUCCCACCUCCAGAGACAUGGGAAAGGUUUAGUCCCUCAGGCCCCCAGUGGUCCACACAGUACACUUCCCUCACCACCAAGGUCCACAUACCAGUAUGGUGCCUGACUAGCUUCCUGACACACCUUCGAAUGGAAGUCCUUGUUUAGGUUGAGGAAUCGGAGCUGACCGAGGACACCUUACUCAGUAUGCGACAUUAACCAAAUAGGUCAGCUGAAUAAUUUCUAAGUGGACGAACUGCGGCAGUUUUAUGAUGAGAAGAAAAGGACUUUGCUUCUAUGGUCAUCUUUAUUUCUUGUUUCUCUUAUUUUUGUGCAAGACACCUUGUUGUCUCAUUUUAUGUUUUAACUUUAUGUUCACAGGUUAAAGAAACAAUUUUCUGUUGUCAAGUAAGCCAAAUGUACAGGAUGUGAAUUGUUGAACUGACAAUGUCCUGUGUUUAUUAUUUUUUUUUUUUUGUUACUUCCUUUUGAAUUUUUCAUUGAAAACGUGCCAAGGUGGACAGAACGCUGAUGUGAAAGCUUUUUUUGUUUGUGUAAAACAAAAGAAAUGGCAGUAAUAGGCUUAUCCUAUGUUUGUGCUGAAAUGUAAUGUCUCCCUUACGGUGUACAUUUUUUCUGCUUUAACACAUGAAGAAUGCAGUAAAUCUCAUGAACUUGG